AUGCAUUAUUUGUUCUGCUUUGUUUGCUCAGCUCUUCUCGGGUUUCCCAAGCUUCGCUCCACCCAGCCCGGGGAUCAGCGCGCAGAAAGCGAUUAGUUGGCACUAAAACUAUUUCCCAGUUGUGUCAACUUCCCCGAGCAAAGUCCCGGGCUGUGCGGGCGAUGGUGCCGGCAUGGCUGUAGAAGGUCGGGCGCUCCGGAGCGGCGGGCUGGAGGUUCUGGUUCGGGAUCGCUGGUACAAAGUUGGCAGCAACUUGUGCGAGGAGUGCCUGGUGCUGAGCAGCGAGGACCGGGGGGCUGACAUCAGCACCAAUGGCAUCACCAACGGAUCGUUCCGGAGCCCCUCGGAGCCCGGCAGCCCCAAGGAGGUCCGGACUGCCAUCACCGACCUGCCAGAUCAGGUGCCGGAGGCCAUCGCCAACAAGAAGAGGGCGGUGAGGGUGGUGAAGCACGAGCUGGGGGGUCUGGGCAUCAGCAUCAAGGGGGGCAAGGAGAACAAGAUGCCCAUCCUGAUCAGCAAGAUCUUCAAGGGGCUGGCGGCCGAUCAGACCCAAUCCCUGUAUGUGGGGGAUGCCAUCCUGUCUGUCAAUGCGGUGGAUCUGAGGGAUGCCACCCACGAUGAGGCUGUGCAAGCGCUGAAGAAGGCAGGCAAGGAGGUGACACUUGAGGGUGAGUGA